CGACUUGCGUGCGCUGCGCGCGUAUUCAGCCCUCUUUACAACUCGGCUGGCCAAGAUGGCGGAUGCACAAACAGAGCGGGCUUAUCAGAAGCAGCCGACCAUCUUCCAUAAGAAGAAGCGUGUUCUGGCCGCCCAUGGAGGCACGCAGAGCAAAGGAAAGCUCCCCCGGAACCACAAAAGUGUCGGGCUGGGCUUCAAAACCCCCAGAGAGGCUAUUGAAGGCACGUACGUGGACAAGAAAUGCCCUUUUACGGGAAACGUCUCCAUCCGUGGCCGUAUCCUCUCUGGUGUGGUGACAAAAAAUACGAUGCAGAGGACCAUCGUCAUCAGACGGGACUACCUGCAUUUCGUCAGAAAAUACAACCGUUUUGAGAAGCGGCACAAGAACCUGUCGGUGCAUCUGUCGCCAUGCUUCAGAGAUGUCUCGAUCGGCGACUUUGUGACUGACGGUCGGGGAGUGCCGACCUCUCACCAAGACGUCCUCAAGGUGACAAAGGCGGCUGGUGCCAAGAAGCAAUUCCAGAAGUUCUAAGACCGCCGGCAGAAAUGUCACCUUGUAAUAAACUGUUUGAAUAUGA